AUGCACUCGGCGAACUCCCGCAAGUCAAAGCAGGAAUUGAAUGAGCGGUUCGGCACCCGCCCAGCAGCCGCCUUCACUCCCCUGUCGGGUCUGGCGAUCUCAGAGAAGUCCUUUGAGGCUGGUGACGAGUAUCUUCGUACCAGUCACAAGAGGACGUAUGGCCCCAGGAAUGACAACCCCCGGGCCAGGCCCUUUGGGUUCUACCCAGUUGUUUCAUGGACCGCUGGGUCUUUGGAGGAUCCUUCAAGACCAAAGACGAACAAGGAAGAGAAGGAGAAGACUGAUGCGUCUCCUCUGCUCCAAGAAGAGGGUCACGCGCUCUCAAACCCCUCAAUCGUUCAAGCUCUCCCUUCAAACCUGCCGGGCAACUCAGCGAUUGUGUAUCGACCUGGCCUACCGUCCCUGAUCGAUCCUAAAUAUAAACAAUCGAUACACGCAGCCAAGUUGAGUCUCUCCCAUCAGUACCUGGCCCAUCAGAAGGUCGAUCCGUCGGUGAGGGAAACAGUGGAGAGAGCAGCGAAGUCCUUCAGGUUUGACUUCGACUCCCAAACCUUCAAAGAGUUCGAGAUCGACGACCCGCAAGUGGAGGUGGGAGACGUCGGAAUCAUCUUCCAGUCGUUCGUCCUUAGGAGUACCAUUAGCUUGUCCGGAGUCAUGGAGCUCCGUGUUGCGGCUGUGCUGAGGUCCAGCUCAGCUUGGAAGAGUCGACGGGUGCAAGUAGGAGACGUCUUGGUGUCGAUCAACGAGGAGGAAGUUCAAGGACAGGCUGCUGAGCUGCAGCUCGCCAAAGUGCGAGGUCCCAUCGGGACGUACGUCGUGCUGGGGUUCUGGCGGGCGAGGAGCUUCUGGGCGGAGACUUGUAUGCGGUUGAUACCGCGGCGAGCUGGGAGCCACGCGAUCACAUCUGACGGCCAUUAUUCCGUGCGUCUCAUGAGAGGUUGGCAGGCAGCUGAAGUGAAUGACCAUGUCGAGCUGGAGCCCUGGCCUGACCCAAACGUGUACGCCACUCAUGGCGUCCUUGGAAUGAACAUCAAAAACGUGAUCCGCCUGUCAUGCAUCUGGAUCAUCGAGAGGAGAGAGUACAGGGCCGUUCUCAUCCUUUUCGUCCUGCUCUCAAUCGCAAUCACCGUCAUCGACGACCCGCUGGAUGUUCCAGACUUGAACAACACGGCCACCUCCACCUCAGUCUUGUCCUCAAUCUCCACCAUCGUUGUCUCAAUCUUCUUCGCUCUUGAUGUUGUUCUCAACAUCAUUGCCUUCGGCUUCAUCAUGCACAGCACCUCAUACCUGAGAAACUCACUCAACGUCCUUGACCUGAUCCUGGGCGUCCUGGGUAUCGUUGAGAUCACUUCGUCCUUAGCUGCCAACAAUCUCAAAAGUCUUCGUACACUCCGAGCCCUCAGAGUCCUCCGAGGCAUACGGAGGCUCCCGGAGAUGAAGACGAUCAUGGUAACUCUCUCAAGCUCCUCCGACAAGAUUUUCAGCGCCCUCUUCCUCAUCUUCGCCGUCACCAUCGUCUUCGCCAUCUGCCUUGUCCAGCUCUUCGGGGGGUGCCUUCAGCUCCGAUGCUUCAGCACGACCAGCGGCAAGCUCUUGUCCAGCGUCACCAGCAGCAGUGCCAUUGACCUGCAGUCGUUCUGUCGUGCAGACGGAGACUGCCCUCCUGGUUACCAGUGCGUUCCUAGCGGAGAAAACCCGGAUUAUUCACACCCCGAUGGGAUCGGAUCCGCUCUCCUUCUGGUAGCAAGGAGCAUAACAAACGUAGACUGGAAUUCGCAGAUGUAUCUCUUCAUGCAGACUUCGAACCCUGCUGCUGCCGUCUUCUUCAUCAUCCAACUCUUCACCUUCCCCAUCUUCUUGAUGAACAUUUUCCUCGCCGUCCUCUCCCGACAGUUCCAGCGGGUGAAGAGGAAGAAGCUGCAGCGCCUGGCGUCCUGGGUCAUAGCGCACUGGAAGCAUGUGGUAGUUGCCAAGAUGUUCAACACUUGGCGGCACUGGACGCAGUAUCACACCAUCAGGAUCAAGGCUCACAUGCAGUCCAGAUGGCGGCAGAACGGAGCGGCGAAGAUGAAGUGGCUGCAGCGGCGGGUGAUCCUUCACUUUUCCAAGCCGGGCAUGCUCAAGGCUUUCUUUCACUGGGACCAGCUCAUCUCAAAGUUCGCCGACGACAACGCGAUGGUGAGAUGUUCGCUCGAGUUCGCGCAGCUCAGGAAGAUGAAGCGGAUGGAAACUCACGUGCCGGCGAUCGACCUCGCACCUCCUCCUCCUCCUCCGGUCGACCCGAUGUUCCGCUUCGAGAUCGACGGGGAUGGAAAGCGCUUCUUUCCCUACUGGAACCUCCGCGUCUCGUCGGACAGCAAGGCCCAGGCUCUCACCCUCCUGCUCAAGUCCAUCCGGAGGGUUGCCAAGUUCUUUUGGCUCUGCGUUGACCUCUGGGCCGCGUUCGCUCGCUCGCAGGCCCUCGAGCUCAUCGUGACGACUGUAGUCUCGCUCAACACCGUCAGCAUGGCCAUGGAGCACGCGAGGCAGAGCAUGGUGGGGCAGCUGUGGGGAGCUGGGGAGGAAGGAGAUCAGAAACACCUCACGUUUCAUUUGUGGGUGCAGUACGCCAACAUCGCCUUCAUCGCAGUCUUUCUGUGGGAGCUCUUCGUGAAGCUCGUCGGGCUGGGGCCGCGACUCUACUUCUCGGACCCCAUGAACCUCUUUGACUUGACCUUGGUUGUUAUCUCCUCUGCUGAGAUCGAAGUCAUCCUCUCCAGCGUUCGCUGCAUGCGCGCGGCCUCGAGCAUGGUGGCGUGCGAGGGCAGCGGCUCGGGCAUCACCUCCCUCCGAGCUCUGCGCCUGCUGCGACUGGUCCGCGUCUUUCGCAACCUGCGCAUCAUCCAGGAGCAGAUCCGGAUCCUGGUCAAGUUGGUCCUCUCCAUCGCCAACGUCUUUGCUAUCUACUUCCUCUUCUGUCUCAUGUUCGCCCUCCUGGGCCAGGCGCUCUUCGGCUCCACCAUGCAGGAGGCCGCGGAAGAGAAGGCGAACUUGUUCAUGGGGGCCAAGGUCUGGCUCAGCUCGCGAACGGAGACCUUUCAGCAAGUCGUCGGGCUCCCAGCCGUGGUUGUCAAUGUCACAUUUGACAAGCUGAGAAACCCCUGGGUCGUCGAGGUCUGGUCGACCUUCAGCAGGAAGGGAAGUGCGCCUGUCCUCCGCACGGACCUCGCGAGUUCGAACCCGAUUACCGACCGUCCCCAGAUAGUCUCGGUGCUCCCCCGAAGCAACUUUGCAGUGCUGUGGAACAGCAUGCUGUCUUCCGUCCAGAUCUUCCUGGUGGAGGGAUGGACCUCCAUCUACUCUGUCGCCGUCCGCGCAUCAAGCUUGCAGUCCUCCUCCUUCUUCUUCUUCUUCGCCAUCUUCCUCGGCAAGUACCUUCUCGGCUCCAUCGCCAUCACCAUCGUCAUCAUCGGAUUCAGCGAGGAAGGGGAGGAGCAGCUGAAGAAGGAGAAGGAAAAGAUUCUGAAUGAGUUUCGGGUGAAGUACAUGAAGAGAGAGCAUAGAAAGAAGUUGAUGAGCAAGAGAAUGGAAGAGCUGAACCAGCUGCAGAACAAGCUGAAAGGGCUGAAACGGACAACGAGGAGGAGGGAAGAUGCUUCCCAGUGGAAACUCUUUCAGGAGUCCAGGAUGAUCCUCCAGCAUACUAUCGAGGAGAACAGGAGGAGGCAGGAGCAGCGGGCGCACGACCUGCUACUCGUGAGUAAGAGCGCGAGAGAGGCGAAGAGGAGGUACGAGGGGGAGGGCCAAGACGACGUCAACUCGAUCCGCCGUGCGCUGGCGAAGAUGAAGGAGACGGAGCAGGAGAUGUUCAUCAGGGAGGGGAUGGGGAGCAGGGAGUUGGGGAUACACGUGUCAAACACUCUGCAGAUCGUGGAGGAUGGGAUAGCGAGGAAGAUCAGAAUGCUGGAGGAGGAUGAGGAGAAGGAUGAAAAGAACAGAGCUUAUUACAGGAUCAGCAUCCUGCCGCUGAAGAGGCUCAAAGAGGAGGUAUACGCAAGGAAGGAGGGGCUCAAAUAUGGCUAUCAGACGGGCUACUCCCUCGGGCUCCUCCCUCCUCUCCAUCCUGUCCGCAUCCUGUCUUGCAGGAUCGUGUUCAACCCCAAGGUGGAGAAGUUUCUGAUCUUCUGUGUCCUCCUCUCCUGCGUCUGCAUCCUCCUUGACCGCCCGAACAUGACAAAGGCGGAGGCUGUCACCCUCAACACGUUCACCUCGAUGCUCAACUUCGUCUUCAUCCUCGAGUUCGUGCUCAAGGUCCUCGGGAUGAACUUCGUUGAGUACAUCAAGGUCUCCUACAACCGUCUCGACUUCCUCGUCGUUGCCGCCUCCAUGGUCGAGGAGAGCUUCAAGAUCCUCUCCUAUCUCUCCUCCUCCUCCUCCUCCUCCAACUCCCCUGCCCUGCGGUUGCUCAGGGUCACCAAGGCCAUGCGCCCCCUGAGGUUCGUCGCCAAGGUGAGAGGGCUGAAGAGGAUGAUCGACACGAUCUUCACGAGCUACAAGAGCAUCGCAGCCGCCAUCUUCCUCUCUGGGCUCCUCUCCUUCAUUUUCUCGCUCCUCGGCCUUCAGCUCUUCAUGGGUCAGCUCAACUCGUGCAGCGACAACCAAGUAUUCGCCGAGCAAGAUUGCAAGGGAGCAGAUGCAGCGGGGGAAGAGCGAGUAUGGAGGAGACUACCGACGAGUUUCGACUGGAUCGGACAGUCGCUGGUGUCUGUGGUGACGAUCUCGACCGGGUCUAACUGGUACAACCACAUGUUUGCGGGGAUUGACAAGACCGGCUACAGCACAGGGCCGUACAGAGACAAGAACCCUGCCAACGCUCUUUUCUUCGUUGUCAUCGUCUUGAUGGGCAAGUAUCUCGUCAUGCCCAUCUUCACCGCCAUCCUGAUCAACGCGUACGAGCUUGCUCUCUUGCGCUCCAAGUUCUCGGAGGAGGACGAAGAAGGGAGGAAGGCACUCUGGCAGAGUGUGGAGAUGAACAACAAGCCAUCCAGGAGUCAACUACCAGCUCUGCCACCCGACGACGACCGCGAGAAGGAGGCGUAUGAUAGGACUCUGCAGCAGUGGGUUUGGAUGUGCAGGAAUGUUAAGAGCUUCCAAGACGUCAAGUCGCUCGUUGAAAAGAUGCAAACUUCCAACAUCUCGAGCUCAUCGUCCCGCCUCCAAGAGGUCGGAAGGGUGGCUGCCUUCACGCCUGAGGAAGGGAAGUGGAAGCUGAGAACCGCGGUAACCUGGGCGUCCCUCGUCUUCCUGCUGGAGCAGGAGCAGGAGGCACUGCUGGUCAGCCACAUCAUCUUCCUUCAUAGCGCCGACAUUGACUUGAUCCACUUCCGGGAGUUCGAGGCCAUGGAGGGUCAGAGGACCCACAACAUGUCCCCUUUCGUUGUUCUGGUCCGGUCAGUCGUUCCCAGCUCGACUUCGCGCUCUGCUGGAGGUGGCGUUGUGGGCUCGGACUUGUCAUAUCAGCACAAGAAGAAGUACGACGUGUACUUGACCUCGGCCGACGACUCUCAGCUUGCUUCUGUCUUCGACCAGUUGAACAACAACGCCAAGAUUCAUCUCCAUGAGAUCAACCUGGAGGUAAUCAAGGACGAAAAUACUCAACAAUCGUCGUCAUCAUCUUCUUCCUCCUCCUCCUCCUCCUCCUCCUCUUCCCAUAACGUCCAGCACAACCUUGAGGAUCAGCUCUUUGUUGACCAGCACGGAUUUCGCAUUCAUGACCUGUUCAUCGGUUGCAACUCAGCCAUGCGAGCAUUGAAGUUCUUCCUGGAGAGGAUGAUCGUCAAGAUGGCGUUCGAUGUCUUUGUCUGCGUCAUGAUCCUUCUCAACAUCUGCUGCAUGGGGUUCGAGACUUACAAGCAGUCUAGCUUUCAAGACGUUCUGACGUCGAGGACAAACCUCUUCUUCACUUUCGUGUUCACCAUCGAGACGCUGAUUCGGAUGUUCGUGAUGCGGCCGAGGAAGUUCUUCCAAGACUACUGGCUCAUCCUCGACUUCGUGGUCGUGGUGGGAUCGUUCUCAGAGAUCACGUUCAACGGCAUCAUUCUCAUAGACCCCACCGUCAUCCGCAUGGUCCGGAUCUUCAAGAUCUUCAAAACUCUCCGGGCAAUAAAGGCUUUCCGGUUCCUGGGGGGGAUUCUCACUAUCUUCCAGACUUUCAUCUCUUCUCUCCCCGCGUUCUUCUACAUCUCUUCGCUCCUCGUCAUCUUCUUCCUCUCCUUCGGCGUCAUCGGGCUCGUCUUGUUCGGGGACAUGUGCGACGAGUCGCAGCGGAGGGCAAACUUUGAUGAUGUCACCUCCCGUCUUCGAGCUGUCCGCUGCUUGCUAGCGUCGGAUGACGCUGUCUUCGGCGAGUUCUCAUGCUUCUCGUCCCUCGAAGACGCUUUCCUCACCCUCACCCGCAUCUUCAGCGGCGACGGGUGGGCGACCCUGAUGGACCAUGCCAACAUCAUGCACAGCGACUUUCCUCGAACUCCUGGGUCGCUCGAUCAGGCAGCUCUAGUGCUACAGCGAUGGAACCAGUCGAGCUCGGAGGUGGACAGAGAUCACUAUCUGCUCAUAGCCCGCUCCUUCCUCCCCGGCUGCACCUCCGCCGAUGAGCUCAACUACCUGCAGAGCUUGAGGUUGGUGGACUGCAGCGUCGGGGAGGAUCCCAGCUUCGAGACGCCCUGCAGGUCCAACUGCGGGAGCAUGUGGGCGAUGCUGUACACUCCAGCUUUCAUCUUCUUAUCUCAGUUUGUCAUCUACAACCUCCUGAUCGCCGUUUUGAUAAUCAACCUCAAGGAGGUCACGGCCAAACCCGCAAAGACAGGGAAAGGGCUGGUCACGUCGAAGUUGUCGUACGACAAGCUGGAGACUGUCUACUUGACCUGGAAGAGGAACUCGCUGCGAGUGAGGAGGUUUCUAGCAGCAGAUCAGAGGUACCGCAUGCGGAUCCUCGCGAGGUGGAUCAAUCAGGGUCUUUCCCGCUGUUUCGACUCCUGGAAGAACCUAGCGCGGAGGGACAAGCCUUCUUCAGGCGCGCUCCUCAGGAGAACUUCUUCAGCCGUUAGCAUACGAGCACGACGGCCUUCGCUCCUCGAACCCAUGGAGCCUCGGGCGACAACCAAGUCAGAACCCAUGGAGCCUCGGGAGACAACCAAGUCAGCUGGCCAGAGCGACUCGUCUCAGCUAGAGAGCAAGGUCAUGAAGUGGGUGUCCGACGGUCAGGACAAGCAGCAUGCGUCUGCUCAGGCUACCUUGGGCUUCCUCCAACAACGAGAUCGAGCCCCAUCAAGAACAGACGAGCGACCUUCUCUUGCACGCGAGCCUUCUCCUGCUCCAGCCUGUGCCGACCAGCGGGAUGGAGCGAUGGACGGAACGAAUGUUCAGCAGCUGGAGGGGGCAGAGGUCAGUUCUCAGAGCAGCCUUCACAACAGUCUGACAAGGCCCGUGCGGAGCUCUCAGGCGAGCACCGAGGCUCUGCACUCCUUCGAGUCGAUCCAGCCGGUGAUGUUCAUGCGGGGGACAAGAGCAUCGGAUCCAGAAGAAGAUGAAGCCUGGCGAAGGAGGGAGCGACGGAGCCGCCGGGCAGCGCAGGAGGAGGAGAAGAAGAGCCUGAGGCUGUCAAACAGUCAGAAGCUGUCACGGUUGUCUGCAGAUCAGACCCGACAAGUUCUCAUCAGGGCCAUCCAACGUCACCCGCGCAACAUCAGCCUCUGGCUUGAGCUCGGCCAUCACCUUCAUGCCACGAAGCAGCCGGAGGGUGCAGAGGUUGUGUACCAGUAUAUCCUCAGCAUGAACCCGCACCAUGCCGCGACGAUCGAGACGUACCUCAGCUUCUUGCGUGACGUGGGAGACACCAAGGCAGCUGAAGUUCUGGAGGAACGGCUGAAAAGGAGCAACGCAUUAGAGCAGUUACGAGAUUUCACACAUGUUGGAUCAAAGGAGGAGGCAGAGAACAUUCUGAGUAAACUUAGUUUGACCUGA